GUAAUUGUACCUACCUUUGUACCGUCGGUCCUUCCUUUUGGACCCAACAACCCACCCAAUAUGGCAACCAACAACGACACCAGCAUCUUGCCCGAAGGCAUCAUCUCUCUGUUGGACACUGACCUCUACAAGCUGUCUAUGCAAUGCUGCAUCCUCAAAUACUUCCCCGACGUUCCUGUCACGUACAGCUUCACAAACCGCACACCCGAGAAGAAGCUUAGUCGCGCAGCUUAUCGCUGGCUUCAAACACAGGUCGACAAGCUUGAACACAUCUCUCUAUCCGACGACGAGUUCCAAUUCCUGAAGAACACUUGCCCGUACCUGAACGACCAAUAUCUCCAUUUCCUGUCGCAGUUCCGACUCCACCCUUCAAAGCAAUUGAAGCUGGUUUUCGAGCCGACGGAAGAUACCGGCGCAGACACGGACCUCGGCGACUUCCGCAUUCUCACCGAGGGACUGUGGCUGGAUACAAUUCUGUAUGAGAUACCACUGUUGGCGCUGAUCAGCGAGGCCUACUUCAAGUUUUGCGACAAGGACUGGGAGUACACAGGUCAGGUAGAGAAGGCAUAUCAAAAGGGCUUGAAACUACAAGAAGAGGGAUGCAUCUUCUCCGAAUUCGGAACGCGGAGACGACGAGACUAUCACACGCAAGAUCUAGUCCUACAAGGCCUGCGGCGAGCACAAGCAGAAGCAACCCAGAAGGGGUACACUGGAAAACUCUCGGGAACCAGCAAUGUGCACUUUGCAAUGAAGCAUGGUUUGCUGCCAAUAGGCACCGUUGCUCACGAGUGGUUCAUGGGCGUGGCGGCUAUUACAAACGACUACAAGAACGCAAACGAAAUUGCACUGAAGUACUGGACUUCGACUUUCGGUGAAGGGGUACUGGCCGUCGCUCUCACCGAUACUUUCGGCACAUCCACCUUCCUGGAGAAUUUCAAAGCACCUUCACCCGCCAUUACAAGCGCGGUACCAGGGGGUGCAACAACGCUUGCUUCUGCAGCGGCCAGCACAAACACAGAUGAUGUACAGUCACUGGGUUCCACCGAGGCACCCAUCAAGGCUGGCGUAGAUGGUGCUAACAAGCAAAAGCAGAGAACGUACGCCGAGAUAUUCACAGGUGUACGUCAGGACUCUGGGGAUCCCCUUGACUUCAUCAAGACGAUGCGGCAAUUCUACGACGAGCAGGGGAUCAAGGAGAAGAAGACGAUAGUGUUCUCGGAUUCUCUAAACAUUGAUCUCUGCCUCAAGUACAAAGCUGCGGCAGAGAAGGAGGGAUUCCAGCCGACUUUUGGCGUGGGGACAUUCCUGACCAAUGAUUUUGUAUCGACAAGCAGCGGAAAGAAGUCGACGCCACUAAACAUUGUCAUCAAGAUUGCGACAGCGUCCGGGCGGCAAGCGGUCAAGAUAUCAGACAACAUUGGCAAGAACACGGGUGACAAGGCGACGGUGGAGGAAGUCAAGAAAGUGCUAGGGUACACGGAGAAGGCGUGGGCGGGGGGUAACGAGAGCACAAGGUGGGGUACAGCGCAAGAGGCGGGCGAGGCGUGA